UUAGGUUUAUAAGCACCAUGACCACACGACGAGCUUUACACUGGGUGUUUAAAAUUGGAGAUCGAGCCCAAUCUGUUAACUUUCUGAGACAUCUAGGAAUGAAAGUUCUCCGGCAUGAGGAGUUCAAAGAAGGUUGUGAUGCAUCGUGCAACGGACCUUAUCAGGGUCGUUGGAGUAAGACAAUGAUAGGAUAUGGGGUGGAGGACACCAACUUUGUGCUUGAACUGACGUAUAACUAUGGGAUUGACAAGUACGAGUUAGGAAACGAUUUCCUAGGUUUGCACAUCGAGUCAAGUGAUGUUUUUGCUGCAGCUAAGGAAGAGGUCACUGGUAAUGGCAGUAAGAUGUUAGAGUCUCCUGAUGGAUAUUUGUUUCAUUUGGAAAACAAGAAUGCUUCAUCUGGGGGUCCAGUUGCAGGAAUUACUCUUGCUUCAACUAACAUACAAGCUACUGUCAGUUUCUGGAGCGAAAUACUCGGUUUGACUGUGUUUGAUCAAUCUGAAACCAGUGCUACUCUUGGAAUUGAUCAAUCGCAAGCCUAUGUUAAAUUUGUGCACCAGGCAGAGAUCAAUCAUGCUAAGGCGUAUGGACGUGUUGCUUUUUCUGUACCUAUUUCUGUGCUUGCUGAUGCUGAAAAACUUGCUAUUGAGAAAGGGUUCACAAUUUUAACACCAUUUGUAACACUCAAAACUGAUGGUAAAGCAGAUGUCUCAGUUGUUAUCUUUAGUGAUCCUGAUGGGUAUGAGAUAUGUUUUGUUGGAGAUGAGGGUUUCAGAGAUUUGUCUCAGUUUGACCCUGAGGGCAGCAAUCUUCUCGACAAAGCAAUCGACGAGGACAAAAGCAAUGAGUGGUUUGCCAAGAAAGGAAAAUCAAAAUCAUCUGCAUAGAAAAAAUGGAAAUAACAUUAUAGCUGUAUUUAUAUAUUAUAUGUCAUAAAAUAAAGCUCAUAUAAUGAGCUUAAAUCGGUAGACUGUGUUUAUAAAAUUAUUCAACUUUGAUUAUUUUAAUCCAGAAUUCUGUUUGUUCCUUUCAAUGUUAAAAUUGUUUUGAUUUUUUAUAACUUUCUGAUUG